AUAGAGGCUGCUUCGCGCUGGCUCAUUCAGUCCCUCUGCGGUCCUCUUCCGCAGCACAUGCAGCGCUCUACAACCUGCGUGUGGCACCGGGGCAUCUCGGGUGCGAGACGAUGGAAGAGCUAGAUGCCUUGUUGGAGGAACUGGAGCACUCUACCUUCCAGGAAAGUGAUGAAUACUCCAAGGCAGCUUCUCCUCCCCUGUAUCAGCAUUCCAGAAAGGAGAGUAACCUUGCUGAGACUUCAAAGGUCCCUUCCAUUCCUGAUGACACGAAUCCCUUUCCGGUGCAGCUUGUGUAUACUACCGAAAUCCAGGGACCCAACGUCUACAGUGAGAUUCGAGACCCAAAGAAAUCGCCACCAGCUUCUAAAACCUCAGCAGCCUCACAGUUGGAUGAGCUGAUGGCCCAACUGUGUGAGAUGCAGCAUCAGGUUGCAGCGAAAGCAGAUGCCAGCAAGAAACCCGUAUCCGACAAGCAGGAUCACAGGGCCUCCCUGGACUCCAUGCUGGGGGGCUUGGAGCAGGACUUGCAGAACCUGGGAAUUGCCACAGUACCCAAGGGCCACUGUGCCUCCUGCCAGAAGCCGAUCGCUGGGAAGGUGAUCCACGCGCUGGGGCAGGCGUGGCAUCCCGAGCACUUCGUGUGCGCCCACUGCGAAGCGGAGAUCGGCUCCAGCCCCUUCUUCGAGCGGAGCGGCCUGGCCUACUGCUCUGAGGACUACCACCGCCUCUUCUCCCCGCGCUGCGCCUACUGCGCCGCCCCCAUCCUGGACAAGGUGCUGACGGCCAUGAAUCAAACCUGGCACCCCGAGCACUUCUUCUGCGCUCACUGUGGAGAGGUGUUCGGUGAAGAAGGCUUUCACGAGAAGGACAAGAAGCCGUAUUGCCGGAAGGACUUCCUGGUCAUGUUCGCACCCAGAUGUGGGGGCUGCAACCGGCCAGUGGUGGAAGACUACCUUUCAGCCAUGGGCACCGUCUGGCACCCAGAGUGCUUCGUGUGCGGGGACUGCUUCACCGGUUUUUCUACCGGUUCCUUCUUUGAACUGGACGGGCGGCCCUUCUGUGAGCUCCACUACCAUCAGCGCCGGGGAACCCUCUGCCACGGGUGCGGACAGCCCAUCACGGGCCGCUGCGUCAGCGCCAUGGGCUACAAGUUCCACCCCGAGCACUUCGUGUGCACCUUCUGCCUGACGCAGCUGUCCAAGGGGGUCUUCAAGGAGCAGAACGACAAGACCUACUGUCACCCCUGCUUCACCAAGCUCUUCCCCGUGUGACCGCGGCUGAGCCCACACGCGCCCUCUUCUGAUCUGCUGGAAAGUUUAAGCCGAGAGAGGGAAGAGUACAUUUGUAGUUCCUGACCUUCUUCUGCUCAGUAGGCUUAGAGGGAAAGCAAAGGUGAUGGACAAAGACGGGAGGUCAGAGGUGACGUGACUAGGCUUCCGGCUGCAAGGUCUGCUCUCAAGCCUUUUUUUGAACAAUGCAGUUGACUUUUGAUCUGGGACCUGCUGCAGUGCCUCUGCACGUGUGUGUCCACAUGCACGCGUCCAUUCCACUCCUGCCUUCCUCAGCUUUCUCCACUUUCACCUCUAUUGAUGGUCCUACAGAUAGAUCUUGUCUGUUUAGCCUUAGGAGCUGGGUCUUUUAAGCUACCCCCAUUUCCCUGUGACUGACUUUCCCACAGUCACUGCUGUGGGCUUUGUUCCUGUGUUUUUUUAGCAGGAGGAUAGUUGCCUUUCCGCGCUGUGGGGGUCACUGCUGCGGGGCUUUCUUCUCGCUGCUAGAGAUUACUUGUCGCGCUUUAGUUCCUCGUGUUUCCCUUCAUUGUGUUUCUCCUUUUCAAGAGAAAGUAGAUUUUAACUGGAAAACUGUGACUCCAGACAUCACUGAUGAAUAAAGGAACCUGUGGUUUUAAUGA